AUGGAGCAGCCUUCGGCCAGUGAUAAUGAUGUGGCUUCUGCCUUGGGACUGCACAUUCCUUCUCCGUCUACUCUUAGUGGUCCGUCAGAUUCUAGUCACCCAGUCGCGGAAAACUGGUGCUUCACUCAGGUGAAGGUGAUCAAAUUCUCGUACAUGUGGACCAUCAACAACUUCAGCUUCUGUCGCGAAGAAAUGGGCGAAGUUUUAAAGAGCAGUACUUUUUCGGCUGGUGCCAACGAUAAAUUGAAAUGGUGUUUGAGGAUCAAUCCAAAAGGUCUGGAUGAAGAAAGCAAAGAUUACUUGUCUCUUUACCUACUGUUGGUGCAGUGCAACAAGAGCGAGGUACGUGCCAAAUUCAAGUUCAGUAUUUUGAAUGCAAAACGCGAGGAGACUAAAGCAAUGGAGAGUCAGCGAGCUUACCGGUUCGUACAAGGAAAGGAUUGGGGCUUUAAGAAAUUUAUUCGUCGUGACUUCUUGCUUGAUGAAACCAAUGGUUUGUUGCCUGACGAUAAGCUGACCAUUUUUUGUGAGGUGAGCGUUGUGGCGGAUACGGUAAACAUCACCGGCCAGAGUUCGGCCUCACAGCUACACAUUCCAGAGUGUAGGUUGUCGGAUGACCUCGGAGCGUUGUUCGAGUCGCAGCAAUUCACCGAUUGCACGCUAUUCGUUCAAGGCAAGGAGUUCCGAGUGCACAAGUCAAUUUUGGCUGCCAGAAGCGCCGUGUUCGCGGCCAUGUUCGAGCACGAGAUGGAGGAGAAGAAGCGUAACCGAGUGCUGAUCACCGACGUGGAUGCGGACGUAUUGCAUGAGAUGCUGCGCUACACAUAUACUGGCAGGGCGCCGAGUCUCGACCGCAUGGCUGAUCACUUACUGGCGGCGGCCGAUAAGUACGCACUCGAACGCCUAAAAGUGAUGUGCGAGCACGCGUUGUGUGCCGGUCUGACCAUCGACAACGCGUGCGAUACUUUGAUUUUGGCUGACCUGCACAGCGCUGAGCAGCUGAAGCAGCAGGCGAUGGACUUCAUCAAUGCCCACGCCAGCGAUGUCAUGGACACCUCUGGCUGGAAGACCCUCGUCCACAAGUAUCCUCAUCUUCUCGCCGAAGCGUUCAAAGCCCUUGCCACUCAGCAGAGCCCUCCCUUGUUGAUGAUGGGACUACCCAGGAAACGUUUAAAGCUAAACUAA